UUUUCAAUGCAGAGGUCGGGUGACGCCCCUCCCCUGCCUCCCCAGCAUCAGCACCUUCUAACCGAACACGGCGACGCGCGGCUGGAAGAGGAUGCUCUCCGGUCCGUGAUACUCACCAGCUCGAGGAGACACAACGAUGAGACGGCUAACGGGGAGACGCCUGGAUACAGUCAGUGUUUUCUGCACGUUUAUGCCGCCUCGCUGCCUCCAUUCAUGAUGCACCAUUCAUGCAUCCCCAAGAAUGGAAGCACACUGCGAGGAAAACAUUAAAACCGCCUGUUAUAGCCCUGCCGUCUCGCCUUUAUAAGACACGUCCUCGUUCAUUUGAUGAAGCUUCUUUUCAUGUAGGUCAAAGUGAUGAAGAGCCCGAUUUUGUCUUUUGAGGGCGCCGCGCGAAUGUAGGGCUAAUACAAGGAAAGCUAGGCAAACAAAAGGCAUCCAGCCCCCCUCCUCUGACGCACCUGGCUGCCCUGUCGCCACUUGACAUGACAGCGCAGAGCCGGGAGCAGAGCAGCAGGAUCAAGGGGCACCGACGUGCAGCCGGACGUGUGGACUCGACAAGGAGCAGAGGAGCCUCCGGACGCACGGCGGAGAAGCAGCAGCAGCCCAGGGGAGGCCGGAUUGCAGUUUCUGGGGACGAGCGCCAAGGGCAGUGCGGCAGUCAGCAGGCAGACCGGGGGGAGGAGGCUGCGGAGAUCUGUGAUACUUCCCCCCCAGUCCCCACUGCGCUCUCACCUUCAUAUCAUCCUGAACAUAUGAUGGUGGAUGCUUUCAUGUUUGAUCAAUGGUGACUGUGAUACUCCCUAUCAUUUUCUCUCCUUCCCCCCUCUUCCCAACCAAUCAGUGAUGAUGGGCAAUUGAAUGAUUAGAUCUGCUCUUCAGGCAAGGGUGGAAUCCGGAGGGGACUGAUGUGCAUACUGGCCAGGUAUCAUUUGCUCCCUUCCUCUCUGGUUUUGCUCAUUUUGCUUGUUGCCUGCACUAUGGGCUGUAUUCAGAGCAUCGCAUGCAAGCCCCGCAUCAGACGGGAGAACAUUGUGGUGUAUGAGGUGUCGGCCUCUAUUGACCAGUGUCCCACCAUCAUUGAGGAGAACUCACCGAUUGUGCUCCGUUACAAGACCCCUUACUUCAGGGCCUCAGCAGGAGUUGUGAUGCCACCAGUGCCCCGUAAUGAAACCUGGGUGGUGGGCUGGAUCCAAGCUUGCACCCAGAUGGAGUUCUACAACACCUAUGGUGAUAUUGGCAUGUCCAGCUGGGAGUUACCAGAGCUUCGUGAGGGUCGGGUCAAGGCCAUCAGCGACUCGGAUGGCGUCAGCUACCCCUGGUACGGCAACACCACCGAGACAGUCACUCUCACGGGCCCCACGUCCAAACCGUCCCGCCUGACCGUCAGUAUGAAUGACAACUUCUACCCCAGCGUGACCUGGGCCGUCCCCAUCAGCAACAGCAACACGCCCAUGCUGACCCACAUCACCCGGGACCAGAGCUUCAUCACCUGGCUGGUGGCCAUGAACUCUGUCACAAAGGAGCGUAUCGUGUUGCAGACGGUGCGGUGGAGGAUGCGGGUGGACAUCGCUGUGGACCCAGACAUGCCUCUGGGCUCUCGGGCCUCACUGAUGGGUCGUCCCUACCAGGAGCAGCCUCACAUCCUCAACUACCAGGAACCCAUUCCUCCCAACGCACUGGGGAGGCCGAACGCCAACGACGCCCAAGUGCUAAUGUGGAGGCCGCGGAGAGGGGCUCCGCUAGUGGUCAUACCGCCAAAAUAAGAGGGACAAGCGGUUGCACGGACAAAAGUGUAAUUGUUCCCCUUCUUGCAGUGAAAGGGGCUAUGGAGGUGAUGAAGUCAUGAAGCUUGUCAGAGGAGAGAGAACUGAUGGUUUCCCCCCUGCUCAAGAUGCCAGUGGCUCAUUAUCCCUAUGAGAUUUAAGUAGACCAUUAUAACAAGCCAGAGUGGAUAUUACAUUUUGGAUCUGACACAGAACGGUGUCAGAAAAAACAAAAGUCUACAAUGAACUAGUGUCAAGGGCCUGGAGUUGCAUCAAGGCUCGUUUGGCCCCCCGACAAGUUUUAGACUGCACUGAAGAGUUCUGCCUGCCUUUUAGUGAAGAAGGAACACUGUUUUUAGACGUACCACAGAGGUAUUAGUCCACAACAAGAACUGCAUCCUGCAUCCUUAUGUAGAUCUUAUUGCAUGAGAGAGUGAGAGAGACAAAAAAAACUGUCCUUGAGAAGUUUAAGACUAGCAUUUGUUUUGUAUAACUUGAUACCUGAAGACAUUUUGAUUGAAAAGUCAGCCAAAAAAAAAAAAAAAAAAAAAAAAACAGCGGCUGGUUAAACCUCGUCAGUGCCAAUAAAGGCCUUCAGCACACUCAGUACCAGAGUUACAGGAUGUAUUCAGAAAAUUUAAGAGACAAAAGUAUUAUAUUAUUAUAUAUGAAUCUUUUUAGGUUAAGAUUAAACUCGUACAUCGAUCAGAUUGUAUUAAGAGCACCCACUUGGCAUAAAAAGUCUGACAGAAAAACAAAUCUGCUGUAGUUUUCACUGGAGUUUUGCUAAUACACCAAACUUAUGACAUAUUUUCAAGCCUCUGUAGUGCAGCUGAUAUUGUAUUCAGUUGGGUGACAAACCAUCAGAGAGAUGAGCUGGACCUGUUACCACUUUAAAUAAAUAAUGUCAGCUAUGCUUUCAAUAAGUGCGGUGUAAAUGACUUGAAAUAGUGCCAUACAACACAUUCAAAGCAAGAGGUGAUAGCAGUCAGGGCAACAUCAUACAUCAUAGUUGGAAUGGGGCCGAACUGCACUCAGACCAAGGAUAGAUUUGAUGUGGCACUAAUCAGGCCACAUUGCACUACAAAGUUACAUAAAUCUUCCUUCAAUCAGGGAAUCUAAACGUACUCUCUCUUAUAGUUUCCUUGAUGUGGAAUUAAACAGACUGAAUUUUGCUGAGGACUGAUUUGGAUAAGUGCCAUUUUUUAAACACUGGUUCUAUGAGGUCAUACUGCAAUAUCUCGUCAUUUCUCUGACUAAAUUAUUUUGCAGUAGGUUUCUGCAGAUAAUCAUAGACUAAGGCCUUCCUGUGUCACAGCUAUGGUCUGUCCAGUGGCUCAUCCUGGGCUUGUUCCAAGUCUCUGCCUGCCACUCCACACACUCCAUGAGUCACAUGACUCAUCCUCCAUCUGUGCUUCUCUCCAGGUUCAUGCCUCACCUUCCCAUCUGCCUGCUCUUUUUCUCCCUUUUCUGUCCACCUCAACACUCACACACACUGUGUCCACACCAAAUACACUCGUCUGCUCUGAAAUCCACAACUAUGCAAAGAUUGUGACACAAAACAGCGAGAAAAACUGGCAAAAAUAUUCUGUUCAUCUGCCUCAAUUUUGUUUUUAUUUGUCAGGGUCAUUGUUGAAUAAAAAUGUCUGUUACUACCAUGUAAAA